AUGGGGUCGCCUACAGUUAAUGUCGUGCGGUAUACAGCACUCUUCACUGGCGUCGCUUAUGGCUGGUACCAUCGCCGAACACUCCAAGCAGCUCAUGACGUCCAUAAAAUCGAAGCCGCUGCUCACCAGCGAGAGCACCUGAUUGCGCAGGCGAAGGAGGCUUGGAUAAAGAAGCAACAGGCUCCAAAAGCUGGCUCGCUCGUAACGGACCCCGACGACCCACGUUUCGACCUCGAAAAGUUAAUCAAACAAUGGGAAGCCACUGCAUAG